AUGAGAGAAAAGGAUGACGAAAAUGCUUCAGUACAUGGUAUUGUAACAAAGGAUGGACUAUUCGACGGAAUGGUAUCGACGGCAUCGGAAGAAUACUACAUAGAACCAAUAAAUAGAUACUUGCCACACAACCAAAGCCAUAAAAGCCCGUCCUUUCAUUCAAUUAUGUAUAAAACGUCGGAUGUAAAAAAUCCUAAUUUAGAAAUGCCAUGUGCCUCGCAUAUCUUAUAUGUAAAUAAUAAUCAAAAUAAGUUAGAUAAAUUAAGUAGACGUAAACGUUGGCUAUUGGAAGGCAACAGCAAGGAUCCUUACGACGAAUUCAGCUUUUGGCAUCCGAGCAAAUCGAAAAAUCCCAUAAGUACGUCCAUCGACAUACAUUCGCCGUUUAAUCAGCCGAUCGACGAGGAGAUGACUACAAGUAACAGGACUUCGUUUGACUUUAAUUUUCGGCACGUUAACAAAAGGGCCACUAUCGAUCCGAAGAAGACAACUUGUAUGCUGUACUUGCAGGCCGAUCAUCAGUUUUUUCAAAAGUAUGGAACGGAGGAGGCUUGUAUAGAGGUUAUGACGAGGCACGUACAGCGAGUCAAUGCUAUCUAUCGUACGACAGAUUUUAAUCAAGAUGGAAAAUUAGAUAACAUAACUUUUAUGAUUAAACGCAUAAAGGUACACACAACUGAAGCGCUGAAAGAUCCUUUGUACAGAUAUCCAAGUAAUUACGGAGUUGAAAAAUUUCUGGAGCUCUUUUCUGAGGAAGAUUACGACGCCUUUUGUUUGGCCUACAUGUUUACAUAUCGAGACUUUGAGAUGGGUACAUUGGGACUAGCGUGGACUGGCGAUCUUAAGAAUGCGGGGGGAGUUUGCGAAAAGAAUGGGCACUACAGAGGCAGCAUGAAGUCACUAAACACGGGGAUUGUAACACUAUUAAACUAUGGCAAGCAUGUACCUCCAGCUGUCUCUCACGUGACUCUUGCCCACGAAAUUGGACACAAUUUCGGUUCUCCUCACGAUCCUGAGACGUGCACACCUGGUGGUGACGAUGGCAAUUUCAUCAUGUUUGCAAGGGCGACCUCUGGUGAUAAGAGAAAUAAUAACCAGUUCUCCCCAUGCAGUUUGAAAAGCAUAAAUCCUGUUCUAAACUUCAAGGCUCGAUCUGCAAAAGGAUGUUUCACUGAACCUCAGGCUUCCUUGUGCGGGAACGGCGUUGUGGAGGAAGGCGAAGAAUGCGACUGUGGUUGGGAAGGUGACUGUCGUGAUGAGUGCUGUUUCCCUCAACGUCGAUACCCACCCAUCGACGAACCGCCUUGUCAUCUAACUCCCAGAAGUGUGUGCAGCCCUUCACAGGGACCUUGCUGCACUUCACAAUGUCAGGUAAAAUUCGGCGAUAAAUGCAGAGACGACAAUGGUUGCAGAGAUGCCAGUUACUGUAACGGACGCGGUCCGCAAUGCCCACCGUCCAUUAAUAAACCAAACAAAACAAUAUGCAAUCAAGAGUUCGUGUGCUUUAUGGGGGAAUGCACCGGAUCCAUUUGCCUAGCUUAUGGUUUGGAAUCCUGCCAGUGCUUACCAACGGCAAAUGAUCCAAAAACGAAAGCCUGCGAGCUGUGCUGUAAACUACCCGGCGAAGGUCAACCUUGCAUAUCAUCGUUUGAAUGGAACGAAAUGCCCUACGAUGUACCUGACAUGUACUCAAAACCUGGCACGCCUUGUAACGACUACAACGGCUAUUGCGAUGUUUUUCAAAAAUGUCGCGAGGUCGAUCCUUCUGGUCCAUUAGCUACAUUGAGAAAAUUACUUUUAUCUGAAGAAAGCAUUGAGCAUUUUAAGAACUGGGUUAUGGAAUAUUGGUACGUCGUCGCUCUGAUUAUAAUCAGUGUGGUUGGCCUUUUGAUACUAAGCACAAAAGUAUUAGGAAAGAAACCUAACAUCAAAUUAAAGUCUGUGACGAUUAUGCACAGCGCGACUACAGAAACUGUACGGCUUCCACCAGAUGGCGACGGUGGCGUAACUGUGCAUCCCGCCGUUCGAACGAAAGUACCUCUGAAACGAAAAGUCCGUGAUGGAAAAUUGCGCAGAAAACACAAAAUCAAAGAUAACAACAACACUAAGAGUCAAAAUAAAAAUAAAAAAUCUCCAACAAAGAAAAAGAAGCGGGUAUCUGCACCGAUUGGGGCCGAAGAAAGUCGAAAGAAGGAAGGCGACACGGCAGUAAUUGAAAUACCUCCUAGUAAAGUAAAGAAAUCGCCUCAGCACGUCUCCGCGAGUAAAAAAAGGAAGAAAAAGAAGGAAAUCAUCGAUUACAGUGCAGAUGAUCCCAAAACUCCCUCAAACGUCCUGCACAGUUCGCUCACUCCAGAAGCCGAUCCCUUGGGUAAAGUACAAAACUGGCUCCUAAAAUCCCACCAGUCCUUACCUAAAUCGAAAUCGACCCCCGCCGCUCUCACAGAUAAAUCUCGAAGCCCUCACAAGCGAACGAAGCGCGCCGAAAAAAGUAAAGCGCAUAGUUUAGGUAAUCUACCGGGUGAUAAGGAAAAAGUGCGACUGCAAGUCGUCUAUAAACCUCCGUUUAAAUUUAGUGUCAAACUGAGAAAGCCAGAGAAGACAUGUGUCGUUAUCGAAAAACACCCAGAACGCGUCAAAAAUAAUCCCAGGACGGGUGUGCUCGUACGAACUGUUAAGGAGGACAAGAAGCACCAGAAAGCUCCAAAACCAGGCCAAAAUGUUGUACAUCCCCUUCAAGGAAACAUUCCCAACACAAAAAUCCCAAACGAAAUCGAUUCUAAUUCACAUACCGUCCAAUCCGAUUUAGAAGUUUUACUUUCCGAAAGUGAGUUCCUAUUUUCAGGUGACUGACGCAUUCCAUUAUAUUAUUUAUUGUACAAGGCUGUGGAACAUUCCGCAUUUUUGUUUUCGACAGAAAUUAUAAAAAUAUGAACUUUUAAAAAUUGUAAAUAGCAACUUAUUUGGUAUUUUUACAGUGCCAUUUUCUUUUGUACUGUAUUGGUAUCGUCCUUUGAGCGUUCAUGUAAGAUAUUCACUGUGUCAAAAAAGUAUGCUAAAAAUGUGUAUAGUGCCAAAUAGUAUUUUGUCUGAUACUCACGCGGUUCAUAUUUUUAUUAAACUUCCAUGUACUUAAUUUUUUAUAUUUAUUGGUUUAUUGAUAUUAUUUUAAUACUAAACAGUAUUACCAUUUUAAUGACGUGUCUGUCUGUAUUUUAGUGUUUUACAGUUAAUAAACUAAUUUUUUUAA